AGUGUGGACAGUGUCCUCGAUGAUGUGCGCUCCUAUUGCUGUGAUGAACCGCCGUCGGGAGAUCAGCUUCGAGACUUUCACCAUCUUGGUCUGUCAGGAGGAGUGGCCUCAGCAUCGUCUCAAACAGGGAUACAAUGUGCUGCUGUUUGUGAUGCUCUACUGUUUGCCAGUGACCUUUAACCUCACCAUAGGAUUCCUUACUGGCAGGCGGCUUUGGGGAGGGAAGAAAUCCGCUUUUGCUGAUCUUGAUCCUCGAAGUCAAGCGCUUCACACUUCCCGCCUUAAGAUGCGCCAGAAGAUUGCCAAGAUGGUGGUGUGUCUAGUGCUUCUAUUUGCAGUGUCCUGGCUGCCGCUCUACUUGGCUGACCUUUGGAUUGACUGCGAACAAAGGCCAUCAUCUUGGCUCCUGCAGACAAGACCAUUUGCCCAGUGGCUCGGCCUGACAAACUCCAGCCUUAACCCAAUCUGUUACUGUUUCAUUGGAGAUCUGUACCGCUCAGCAAAGGUCAUACGGACACGAUACUACCAAAAGGUUGCCGCUCUUUUCAGCUCCUCAUCAUUCUCCAGCUCAGCUACAGUGGCGGCUCCUACAGCAGGGAUUACAGACAGCAAAGUGUCCUCUGCUGAGCGCCGCCCCAUUGCUGCUGCUGUGGCAGCGUCUGCAUCCAUGGUUACAAUACCGAGGCUCUUGAACUUGGCGAGAGGCCAGGGACUGGGGCAGAAGGUCAGAGACAGUUCAGACAGUCGAGCAGGUUCUGACCACAGCAUCUCAGACUGGUGUCGGUCUAGUCCCAGCGCAUGUGACAGCUCCUUAUUACCCUGCCAGCUCCACAACCUCCAGCACACCAUACAAAAAGCAGACUUCCUGGCAACACGUAGAUACUCUCUAAAUGAGAAAGCUGGACCAUUACCUUUAGGAAUCGGUCCUGUUGAAAUAGACGUUCUACCGCUGAGGAGGCAUUCAGGGGAUAGAGUAUAUAGUCUGUCAGCUGAUAAGAGAGACAUCAUUACUAUGGGGAAAGCCGCUUUCUGUUAUGCUGGUCAACACAGGAGCAAAACACCACAAACCUACUCUCUGGUUGGGGACACGGAGGAUGAAACAACUGAUAUGACCAGCCUAUGAAAACUGCAAUUUAGCUGAUGUAUCAACAGGGAGGAACUGCUUCCUUUUGUCCUGCAGGCAGUAUAAAGACACACACUGCUCCCGAGUUACCGUUUUCAGUUGACAUUGUAGAAUAAUCCUUGGCAAAAGUCAUUCUUUGCUUUGAGGAUAAACUGACCUGCUCUACACUCUCUUUCUUUCCAUGUGUAGAAGUCUCUCCAUGUUAUCCAGAGCGCAUGGGACCCAGGACUAGUAUUCGCACCAAGUUCACAUUUUUAAAGGCAUGUGGAGGCAGCAGCUAUGGACUGAUCGGUGUAGGGCAACAGCUGGAGUCUUAUCUAGCCCUGGGUUAGAAAACUAGUUGUCAUUAAGAAGGAUAAAUUAUGGCGUGUGCCAUUACAUGCAAGUCAUAUCAUAGUUACAACAGCUUCUAUCAUCUGACUAAGACAAUAACCCAGCAGGAGGUAAAGUAUGAUGAGUUUUUUUGUGUA